AUGGCCACAGUGAACAUUAAUGGCAGACCAGUCGAGCGCGCAGCACUUUCGCGGGAGGCGGUAGGGAUGGCAAGGGAAAUGGCAGAACACACCCGUCUUCUCGACAACCCAUUACCAUCAGAUACGGACCUUUCUCAGGAGGAGGACAAGGCUCUGCAGACUCAGUUGCAUGCUUUGGCUAUACUACCACGCGAAGUGCUCGACGACAUCUAUAUUGCGUUCUCAGCACACCAUCUACCAGCACUUGCGAACUCGUUGCGGAAGCUGAAUCCGAAUACUCAGCCCGUUGCGCUGGCCAAUCUCAUCCAGCUUAUGUCCCUGCUGCCCGAUCCAAAGCGUGACCCGUAUCUUCGUCGAUUUCUUUGCACGUCGUCGCAGAUGACUUCAGUGCCCACAAUUGUCGCGGCUGCAUUUGUUCGUGGUAUAGCUUGGAAGCGGCCGAGCGGCCCAGGAUAUAUCUGCGCCCUCAUCUGCCAUAUGCUUCAAUGGUGCGACACUAACCUCGGCGACGACAAAAAUGCCUCGAUCGACUCCUCCACGCGGAAAGAACUCUGCACAAAAGUUGGUCUGCUAUGCGAAGACGCUCGUUUCGCGAACUUCGAUCGGACACAGCAGGUAGAGAUGAAGAGGUUGCAUGGGAUGUUGAAUUCCAUAGAACAUAUCAAACCGACGGGAUCCUAUCUAAAUUCGACAAGGCAGUAUUUGGAGGGAAAUUGCGGGGACGAUUCUUGUCCGGUUUGUAUGGAGGAGGCGGAGCUGCUGUGCUCGAAGUGCAAGACGGUAAGAUAUUGUGGGAAGGUAUGCCAGACGAAGGAUUGGAAGGCGGGUCAUAAGACCAAGUGCUUCAAGGCGUUGUAUUGAUUGCCCCCGUCGCUUCUGAAAAACCGACGUUGGAGUCGAAAUCUGUAUUUUGAUCUGUAAAUCACACUCUAGCUCUACCGGGUUCCUGCACUUGGGUAUCGUCUUGCACCCCUGCUCGCAGCUGCUCGCUCCAGACUCUUUCUGUUCAAAUAGGUUCACAACUUUGACCUUCACCCCCUUGCGUCCACCAACAUAUCGACACUUCUACUUAGCUGUCUC